UGUAAUGUAAGGUUAAGUGUUUUCCAUUUGUUAUGGCAUAAUUUAGAUCAUGUAUAAUUCUAUCGCUUUCUUUUCCUCUUCAAUGUGCCAUGGUGUCAAAAUUAUGAAUUAAUUCAUGUCUAUAGUGCUAUUAGGAACUCGCUAUUCCUAUCCCGACACUGUUGCACAUUAUCUACAACAUUCUUACUUUGUUUUCUGUAGGUGCUUUAAGUUAUGUCACAUUCAUCUGGAUUAUGCUGCUUUGCAUUCAACAAGUUGAGCCAACAAGAGAAAUUGUGCAACGCAUAAAUUAUGGAGUUGUGUUUUCCAAAAAGUCUAACAUCAUCUUUGGACAAGAAUUCUGGCAUCAUACAUUUCAAGUCCCAAUUCCCAAGAAAGAAGAAAGUCAACCAUAUCCGUCCUGUGAUAUUGUACACCAGCAUUGUUAUAUAUUGAAUCAAGCAAUAUCUCAACUAUCUGCAGUACGAGCUCAUAUCUCAUCCAACAUCAAUCACACUGUUGAUACCAUUCAUCAACUUGUUCCGAAAGAAAAUUUAAUAGUGCAAUCAAACAUAAAAAGCAAAAGCAAAAGAGGUCUGUUUGAUUUUAUUGGUUCAAUUUCAAAAAGUUUGUUUGGAACGGCUACAGUCAAAGAUGUCAACCGCCUUGCACGGCAUAUGAACAUUCUCUCUAGAAACAGCCAUAAAUUAGCCAAAUCCAUGGCUCAUCAUGAUGAGUUAUUAUCAUCAUAUAUGUCAAAAACAGAUAAACGUUUUGGAAAUAUCGUAUCAGAAAUCAAAAAUAAUCAUGAUUUCAUUCAAAAUGUAACACAAGAAACUGCCAAAUUCAUUACUGAAUUCGAAAAAGUCAGUGCAAAAUUAUCAUCUCUGUCACUCAAACAAAUGAAUGAUAGUUCAGAAAUCAAUAAAUAUUUAGAGGAAAUCACAAUUGGAGUCCACGAACUUGUAAAAGGCAAAUUAUCACCUUUCCUCGUUCCUCCACAUGUUCUGAAACAUACUAUUUCUCAAAUUCAAAUCAUACUUAAUGAGAAAUUCAAAGGUUUUUAUCUCACUCAUUCUGACCCAACUCAUUAUUAUUCUAAUGCAAACAUGUUAUAUACACGACAACAUUCACAUUUGUAUAUAAGUCUCAAAUUUUCUAUAUCUACUUUUUCGGUACCAAUGUCAAUGUAUGAAAUAUUUUCAUAUCCAGUUCCAAUAAAUAGCACAAGCACUCAUGCUACACAAAUUCUAGAUUUACCUAAAUACUUAGUUGUAUCAAAUGAUAAUCAAUAUUAUGGUUUCUUUUCACACGAAAAACUACACUCAUGUACAGGAUCUCAUAUCCUUUAUUGCAUAGAAAGUCUGUCUCUAAUAUCAUCUGCAUCACCUGAUUGUGUAUCAGCCUUAUUUUUUAAUUCAAAAGACAAUAUUCACGAAUUUUGUGAUUUUAGAUUUUUGAUAGAUGUAGUCAAACCCUCAUUACAACCAAUCUCAAACAAUGCUGUUUUAGUCUAUAAAACAAAUACUUUAGCGUUCGAUUGCCAAAAUUUUAAUAAGAUUGUAAAAGGUUGCAAUUUUUGCCUUUUAAGUAUACCUUGUAUGUGUUCAGUUUCAACAGAUAUGCUAUUUUUACCCAAGAAAGUAGAUCAAUGUCAAAAUAAUUCAGAUAGUGUUACUAUACUUCAUCCUGUUAAUUUAGCACUGAUUCAAAGUUUCUUCUCAUCAGAGACCUAUAAUUCAAUAAUGGGUGACACAACAUUUACAAACCCAGCUGUUCUGAAUCUUCCCAAUUUAAAUUUUUACAAUCAUUCAUUUUCACAAUUUAUUGCCCAAGACCAACAGUUACAUUUUAGUUUGAAAAGAAUCGCACAGGCUACUAAAAAAGAUAAAGUCAUAUUCAAAUCAUUGUCCGAAUCCAUGUUAGAUGGACAGAUUUCAGCAAUCGAAUCAUGGCCAGAUUUCAAUGGCAUUAUCUCCCUUGUUGCUUUAGGAUUAUCAAUCAUUAUGACAGUAGCAUGUGUACUUCUUUUCAAUAAAGUGAGAGCAUUAACAACUGCGUUAAUCCUCUUACAAAAAUCACCAUCAAUAUCAGCAUUUGUUACUCCAAUCACUCCACCCACUUUCAAUUUUGUUAGAAAUGUACAAACUACAACUCCAGAAACUUACAACAUAGAUUUUAUUUCACAGUUAGGUCAAUGGCCAUCACUUGUUUUGACAUCUCUCACCAUAAUUUCAUUUUGUGUUGCAUUACAUUACAUAUAUACCCAGUGUCGUUCUCAACCUCACACUCAGGUCUUAUUAGAAGUUAGCAACGGUCUACAUUGUGUUGUUAUCCCAAUUCUCAAUUUACCCCUUUGCCCUUCAGAUUGGGAAAUUUCCACACCAAGUAACAUUGGUAAUCUAAGAAUUUCAGGAACUUUUAUAACCAGAUUUCAUGUCGAUUGGUCUGGAUUUUAUAUAGUUAACAUCAAUACAAAACAAGACAUCCCAAUCCCUGACACAAUUCCAAUCAAUCCAAUCAAAGCAAGAUUCUUAAAAAGUGUUAUGUCAACCACAUUUACCUCAUAUAUUUUGAUCGCACACCACAAAUAUUUUAAAAUUGUUUAAUUUAUUUAUAUAAUAUACAUAUAUUGUCAUGUAUUUACAAGCUGGACAAAUGUUUUCUGUCAUGCAGAGCUUAUUCAUAUCAGUGUCUGUACUCAUGUAUUCUAUUCUUUCAUAUUGCAGCUGUCAUAACCUGUAUCGGUAAAAACAUUUCAUUUUGGAUAAUUUCAUUUAUUUUCAAAAUUCAUUCGUUGGGGACAACGAAUUUCUCAGCGGGAGGGAUAUAUGUGACAGGGCAAAAGUGGACAUCACGUCUUAUUAACUUAUUUAUAAAAUUUACAACUAAAUUUUAUAUCAAAUAAAUAAAUUCAAUUAUUUAAGUAAAAAAUGGAUAAAGAAAUAAAUGUCUCAAAUUUAUUAACAUGUAAAGAUUUUCGUUUACAAAGCUUUUUGUGUUAUAAGUGAAAAAUAAGCCAUGUAAGUGUCAAAUAGACUUUCACAAAGAAGGAAAUAAGACUUUUGAUAAAUAAUAGAUAAAGUCACAGCUUAACAUAGUCUUUAGAUUUCUUAUGUAAAGAACAAUUAAUCCUAGAGUCGUUUCAAUUAGCGCUUAUUCGGCCUAAAACCCAAGCGAUAGAUAUUUAUGAUGUAAUGAGCCAUGGAGGACCGUCAAGGGGUCUCAAUCAGUUAAUUCUUUGUUAAAUUAAGAAAUAAACUUUCUUGUGCCUCACCUGGAAACAAAGUCACAUGACUUUAGUAUUUUUGGUGGCGUUUGUGGUCACUUGCAAAGCGACCAUCAACGAAUAAAGUUCUAUAUUUCAAAUUGUCUGUAUUUUUCCAGUCAACCAGUCAGAGGUUAUCAUACGUCAGAAUCAUCAACCAGUCAGAGGUUAUCAUUCAGUAUAUUGGUCAGACACAAAUUGGUCGCAUACAUUACAACUGCACAGUCACAAGUAGUUCAUACAGCAAUUCCACACAACAAACAAAACACGCCAAGUAACAAGCUCACAGA